AUGAAUCGAAAAUAUGAACCGAAAUCGAAACCGAAGUCUUACUACGGGAACACCAUCGUCGUCGAUGAUCCGCUGGCCCGAUGGCCGGGCCUCACGUCGAAGCUCGUCGGACGCGCUCGGGGCUCCCACGUCGUGGCCUCCCAUAGUAACGGCGAGCCUGACAAAUGCGGCUCGCUUGCCGUCUCCUCCAUCUACCCGAAGCUCCCGGAUGCGGCGGAGCUGCCGGUGGUGGGAGGGAGCGAGCCGUUCUGCAUGGCCCGCAGCUACGUCCUCUCCAAGACUUAUAAGGGCACUAUGACACCGUUGUUCUCGAGCUGGAUGUAUGAGGUUGCAUGA